GAUCAUGGCGCGAGAGGUUCUUCCGCGUGUGCAUAUCUACUCCCUGGCUUUGAUCGUGUCUGCUUUUCAUAGGGCAAGUUCCUCGACAGCGUCGCCGGUCGAUUGCACGAGAUUCGAUAUCGCCGAGCUCGAGGACUAUUUGUCAAAAGUCCAUCCGGAGGAUCCGGCGGCGACCGAUACGAUGAUUGGCAAGUUCACAUCCACGGUGACCGAGCUGCCCUUUGGUGCUUUGAAGUCCGACUGGUCGAGACUGUUGCUCCUGCAAAGGGCGCAACCGGAGGGCUCGAUUUUAAGAGAGAAACUGGGUCGUCUUUUCAGAAUUCUAGCGGCCGCUUACUCUGAAACCGUGGAACCCUCCGAUAUCACGAAGCCCGUCUUUUCAGCCACCAGCGGUUGGGAUGCUUUCACCAAUCGGAGCACAGAGACGAGUAGCUCCGCCGAAAGUCUGACUUCUACCAUCGCUUUGCCAAACCCCGAAGAAUCCAGCCGCACGACUAAAAUUGAACUAACUACCCUUGCAACUUCCGAUACAACGAAAUCGUACAUCAGAUUCGGUUCCUCUACACUUGCGGGCAUCGUUGCGCCCACUCCAUUCGAUGCGAACACUUUCGCAACGAACGCGAGAUCCACGACGCAAACGUCGAGCGAUCAGAAAUUCAGCAUUCAUAAUUUCGAUAAUUCCGUCAAGAACGACGACCCAGCUGUCAACGGCGCGGACAAAGGCUCUUGGCAGACAGAUCGGCCCGCGACGCAAGAGCGCCAAGAAAUAAAUGGGACGAAAUUAUCUCCGAUCGCCACGGCUUCAGCCUUUGAUGCAAGAACGACGCGACCGUCUGGGGACACCACCGAAACGGAGGGAACCUCUGUAAAUUUAAAAGUCGAAGCUUCCGACGAGAAGCGCGCGGACGAUCCGACUAACAAGCGUCAAGGGAUAAAGAUGACAGCGGAGAAAGAGGAAAGCUCCGAUCAUUUCCGUGGUACCGAGCAGAUCGGCGGUUUUGUCGCGGGUAAAUCGAGCGUGGCCGGAGCCGUCGACGGGGAAGACGCUCGGCCAAUUACAUCGCCGGUAUCAGAGACCGAUACACCGUUUACGCCGGUCGGGGGUGAUUUUUCAGCGAGCUGGAUCCGAGAUCAUGGGCCGGGAACUAUGAAUGUCGGACUGGCAGAAGGGAUAAAGGAAUUGGAUUCCGCCGGAACGGCGAGCACUGAAAUUGCGAGAGCCGAUCCCGGGCGUACGAGGGGCAGAGGAGAUCCUGCCGCAGUUUAUGCGCUCAUGAAUUCCGAAGAUCAAGAGAAUACUGCCGGCAAGCGGGGGGAAGAGUAUCGCGGUUCCGUGAAUACAAGUGACCCGGUGAUGUUGCACGUAAAAACCACCACGAUCGGGCGAAGUCGCGUUCAUACUGAUAGAAUUCGGGAGAACGAGGUCCCCGGCUUGGUCAACGACUUCCACGGCCGGCAGCCGGUUUACCGAAAAGAUGGCGGCCACUCGGCUCCAGGGACGAGUCCCCGGAGCAUCCAGAACUCUGCCGUCUAUCGGGUCGAGAUAAGGGAACCUUCGGUUCCGGGGGGGCCGAAGAUGGGCAGCGAAUUUUCGAGUCGCGCCGCCGUGAUCCCACGAGUAGUUACCUCGACUAUCGGGUCAGCGGGUGACCGGCCAGAUCAGUGGCGAGAUAACUGGUCCCGGAUAGGUCGCAUCGAGUCGAAGAAACCCGGAAGUUCGGAUACGGUCGUGGAGGAAACCUUUCGAUGGUUUUACAAUGCCGGGGCCGCGGAGGAUCGCGACAGCAAACAGCGUGGGAUUCGCAUCGAGUGCGAUGGAAACGGGCAUCGAGAAUUCACUAGGAUAGUGGAGCCGGUUACCGUCGACUAGACAAUCGUUGUGUCUUUUAUUUAUUUGCAAUUAAGUUUAUCUUGAUCGUAUAUGACGAAGCAAAUCUUGCUAUUCAAAUUAAACCAAUUAUUUAUUCGUUAAAAUUAACAACUUUGCAACUCUUCCAAAACAAUGUUUACGUUAUCGAAUUAAUUUCUAUUUAAAAAAAGAACUGUUGAAAUUUAUAUUAAUAUUUAACAAAGUGUAAUUUCUGUACGAUUUACAAGACUCAAUUUCGUAUUCACAAAACGCGCUAUAAGAUACAUAAAAUGAAAAAACUAUUAGAGUUAAGUUAGAGUUAAAAUAGCUUCGAGUGCAAAGGGUCGUGAGAUAGGUCGUGCAAUUGACCGAUGGAAGUGCGGAAUUUCGUUCCACGUUCGGCGUAAGAUUGGUAAAACAUUUUAUAGAAACUAGAGCGGUCGUGCUACGUAAGAUUCGAUAUACAGUGGCACGCGGACGGCCAGAACGGUGUGUUAACGUUCAAAUUCCUUUUCCAUUGGAUUUUCCACGUUCCCCGGAUAAUCGCCUCGUCUUGCGCACGCUGCGGCGUCCAAGUAAACGCUGGCCGAGUGCCACGAACGCCAAGAGUACAGGUGGUCCGCGAAAUCCUUCGAGCUCCGCGAGAGAUUUUUAUUGUUACGAGGCCUAUCGCCGAGGACAAAGGGCGGCCGUCUAUUUACAAGAACCCCUUCCUACACGCACGGAAGAGGAAGCACAGCAGGGGUAGCAAUAGCGUAGUUGCAGUAGCAGUAGCAGACACGCAAUCGUUUUGGUUCGCAGUCGUUCAACGGUCUCUCCACUGUUUCCCGUAACAACCGAGCCUCCGUGCUAUCGCUUUAAUCGUUUCAACGCUACUCUUCCGUGUCCUCUCGGUCUUUUGUUCGCACGAGGCUCGAAUUAAUGCAGACUUUCCCGUUCGUCCUAGAGCGAAUUAGCCGUUUGCAAAAAACUCGAGGGAAAAAGACGGGGGAAGAUACUCGGCCGCGCUCGUUACACCGAAACUAACGAACCACGACGGAUUAUUUUUGUUCUUCCGGUGAUGGACCCCAAUCGAAUUGUUACCGGCGGGCGGAGGUACCUACAUCGAAUGACGAUCGAUGCUAACGCCUGUCAACUAAACAACUUUUGUCAAUAUUGUCACAAUAGGAAUGCGUUACAAAGGCCAACCUAUUGUUUUCGACGAUAGAAAAGAAAAUGAUUGUUUGGAUCCAAGAGAAAAAUCAAUCUUCUUCGGGAAAAGGUUUUUCCAGAUUUUUCUAGGUCGCCGUACUCUAUAGGAUUAGAAUUGUUCCACGAAAGCUUUGUAUGCGUGUUGUCUAAUCGUUACUGUCGCGAACAUAUCAAGCAGUCUGAUAAUAAGUCACUUUCAAACAU